AUGGCCGACUACUACUUCCCCCUCAAAGAUGAAACCCUUAUCAGAGAAUACUUCAUGCGACAGGCUCUCGAAAUGGGUGAGCUUGCACUUUCUAUCGAUGAGGUUCCAGUCGGGUGUGUCUUCGUUCUGGAUAACAAGGUUAUCGCCAAGGGUAUGAAUGAUACGAAUCGUUCUCUUUCCGGCCACCGCCAUGCGGAGUUUGCUGGGAUCGAAACUGUUCUGUGCAAGUACCCAGCCUCCGUUUUCAAGAAUGUCGAUUUGUACGUCACGGUCGAACCUUGUAUCAUGUGCGCAUCUGCCCUCAGACAACUUGGAAUCCGUGCCGUCUAUUUUGGAUGCUCCAACGAUCGAUUCGGAGGGUGUGGUGGAGUCCUUCACGUCAACUUGGAUGCUGGAAUCGAUAGGUGCUAUCCGGCAAUUGGAGGCAUCUUCCGUGAGGAGGCUAUAAUGUUGUUGCGACGAUUCUAUCUCCAAGAAAACGACAAAGCGCCGAAUCCGACCGCGAAGCGGAACAGAAUCCUGAACACGAUCGUCGAGAAUAUGAGCAUCGACAAUACGCGUUCGGAUGCACUCCUUGAGGCAGAACUCGCUGAGACUUCGUGUGAGCCUCUGAAACUAGCAUCAGCAGCCACCAUGGCAGUAUAUUGA